UCACCUUAAAAAAAAGUUUAAUGUUGCUGUGGAGGUCUCUCACACGUCCAUACCUGCACCUGGCGCUGAAAUAAUAACCUUAUCGCUUAAAUAUGCCAAUAUCGAUUAACUUCGACGUCUGUUUUAAUAAUAACUGAAUGAAUCAACGUUGUACUGAGCGGCUUUAAAGUGGAGGACCGUGAAGAAGUGACACCGGAAUGUUUGCUGUCCUGUUAGCUAAUGUUAGCAUGUGCGGCUAAACCGUUAUGUUGAAACGUUAUUUUCACGAAUCCACGUUAGAUUAUAGUUUUUUAAUCGCCGAGUAGUUUCUUCCACUUUAAAUGGAUGAGCACAAGGAGAACAUUCACGCCGAGGACGUCAAUGUGAAGAUGUCAAGCACAAGAGAAGACGAAAAGGCAAAGCCUUGCAGCAGGAUAUGUCCCGCUGGAGAAUCUGCACCUCAGGUGUCCACGUCUCAGUCCAACAAUGACUUCAGUCAUCCUGUGUACAAAGAGAUCGCUUUGGCUAACGGACACAUCAACCGCAUGUCCAAGGAGGAGCUUCGGACCAAGUUAGCAGAGCUGCAGCUGGACACGAGAGGUGUAAAGGAUGUGAUGAAGAAGAGGUUGAAGAGCCACUAUAAGAAGCAGAAGCUGUUGCAGUCUGCCGCAGAGGGAGGACCCACUGACACCUACUACGACUACAUCUGUGUGGUGGACUUUGAGGCAACGUGUGAAGAGGAUAAUCCUGCAGACUUCCAUCAUGAAAUCAUUGAGUUCCCCAUGGUUCUCGUCAGCACACACACCUUAGAAAUCGUGGACUCAUUUCAGGAAUAUGUGAAACCAGAGUUAAACCCACAGCUGUCAGACUUCUGUGUGAAGUUAACAGGAAUAACGCAGAAAAUGGUGGAUGAAGCAGACACGUUUCCAGGAGUCCUUCGGCGGGCCGUCAUUUGGCUUCAGGAGAGGGAGCUCGGGACAAAGUAUAAAUACGCCAUCCUAACUGACGGGGCCUGGGAUAUGAGCAAGUUCCUGAACAUCCAAUGCCGCAUCAGCCGGAUUAGAUAUCCUCACUUUGCAAAGAAGUGGAUAAACAUCAGGAAAUCAUACGGGAACUUCUACAAGGUGCCCCGCACACAGACGAAGCUGAGCACCAUGUUGGAGAAGAUGGGUCUUAAGUACGAAGGUCGUCCUCACUCUGGGCUGGACGAUUCACGCAACAUCGCCAGGAUAGCUCUUCGCAUGCUGCAGGAUGGGUGUCAGUUGCGCGUCAACGAACGCAUACACGCCGGCCAGCUGCUGUCCGUUCCCAGCUCAGCUCCUGUAGAAGGAGCUCCACCACCACAUAGUCCCCGCAGCAGGGAGUAAACCAGGAACUGAGGCUUGUGCAAACAGGAAGUCUAUCUCGAAUUGUCUUGACUCCUGAGUUAACAAAAAGAAAAACAGAUCCAAAGCACUUUCACAGUCCAGUUGUACAUUUUUUUUGUUCUAUAGCUUAAAAGCUGUAGUUGGUGAAGUAUAUUUGACCAAUAAAUAGGGUCAGUUUUGAUUUAAGGUUCCUCUCUGACCAUGAUCUAUUUUUACACCAGAUAUCUAAAACCAGAGAUCAUUCCAGUGUGUUGUGGGAUGAGUUUCAGUGUUGUCACCCUGCCUUACCAAGCUGCUAACAUUUAAAUUACAAAAUGCUAAUUUCAGUUCUCCCAUGAUGGCGUGGAUUUAGUUUCUGAUUUUAAGUUUUGCUUCAAAGAAUACAACUCUGAGAAAACAUUAAAUGUUGUUCUUGAGCCAGUAAAAUGAAACAAUUAUCUAUCAAUGUCAGCUUUAGCCUUAAACCCCACAUCUGUCUUACUAUUGUGCAAAUAUUACACACACAGGAAUCUAGACACAUGUUUCGGCUGCUAUUGCUGUGUGGUUUGAAGUGCUGCAUUAACAACAGAGCCAUAACAUCACACUGUACGGUCAUGAGAGUACACUGUCAUUACACAAAUACAGGUGCAAGUACAGGUGUUAUUUUUUACAAAGUGAUGGAUGGAGAGCUGAAUUAAUUCAAGUCUUAUCUGUUGCAAGUACUGUAAGAGUAAAUCCCGUGUUGUUGGAGUCAUCUUUUGUAAUGCUGAAUUAAUUUUAUUUCACGGAGGAUGCUCUAUUUUAACAGGAACAUAUAUUCUUCUGAUUGCCAAAAAA